UCACCUAAUCUUAACACUCUUGAGCACUUGUGGGGGAUUCUGUAGAGACGAGUUGAGCUACAUAAGUGAUCAGGGCGUUUAAGGAGCUCAUCAUCCAGGAGUUAAACAGGACAGAUGUGACGGUUUGUCAUGAACUUGUACACUCCUUGCCAUGGUGGAGACUGAAACACAGGACAAAUUGAGAAAUGGCAGGUAAACGUCAAGAUCUGAGGAUCAUUCUUCUGGGUAAAACUGGAGCUGGAAAGAGCACAUCAGGAAACACAAUCCUGGGCAGAGAAGCAUUUACUGCGGAAAACUCUCUGGUGUCAGUUACACAGAGAUGUGAGACACAACAAGCUAUUGUUGGUGGACAAAAUCUGUCAGUGACUGACUGUCCCGGCCUGUUUGACACUUCAGCCAGUCAUACAAACAUACAUACUUUAAUACAUGAGUGUAUCCGCCUGUCUGCUCCUGGUCCUCAUGCGUUCCUGCUGGUUUUGAGAUUAGGGGUGAAUUUCACACAGGAGGAGAAAAAUGCAGUAAAAUGGAUUGAGAAGAACUUUGGAGAAGAUGUUCUAAAGUACACCAUCGUUCUGUUCACUCAUGCUGACGCACUGAAGGGUAAACCUGUGGAGCAAUACAUCAGCAAAAGCAACGAUCUACAGCAGCUAAUUAAAACGUGCUAUGGCAGAUAUCACGCAUUCAACAACGAGAACAGAGAAAAUCAAGAUCAGGUCACAGAACUGCUGAAAAUUAUAGAAAAAAUGAUCAAUUUUAAUGGAGGCAAGCACUACAUAAAGAAAAAUGAAUAAAUAAACCCAAUAGGAAUCAGAUGCUUAGAGAUCACAGAUGCAGAGAAGAUUUGCAGCUGAUCUAAUCAUUAUUUCCCAACCGUGUUUUUAGAGAUGCACAAACACCGCAACACUAUUUUGUGCGUUUCCCAAAAAUGACCCAUUCAAUCAGGUGUUUUUGAUAAUGAAGAGUUUGAAAAUGUGUAGUGUUGGUUCGCCUUUAGGAACAAAGUUGAGAAACACUGUUAUAGACAACUGUAAAGGAAUGAAAUUGCAAGUGAAUUAUUUUCUGUCAGCCAAUCAGGAGAUGAAAAAAUAUGUAUAUAGUGGCCACUAAUUAACAAUUUGUUCUCAUGAAUCACUAAUACAUCAAUACUUUUACCAAUUUGUUCCCUUGUUUUAAGUAAAUUGUGCGCAAGAUAUAGGCUAAUAAUUAGUUCCCUUGUUUCACUAAAUUGUGGCCACAUUGUUUUAGUUAAAUCAAAAUGAGGGAACAAAAUAGUACAAUGUGGCCACAAUUUACUAAAUUAAGGGAAUAAAUUAUAAUAUUGUACAAAGGAACAAAUUAACAAAUUGUGGCUACGAUUUACUAAAACAAGUGAAAGAAUUCUUAAUUUGUGGUCACGAUAUAUAUUUUGGUCUGCAUGUCAUGUGUCCAUAUAUUCAAAUAUCCAAAUUCAAAUAAUUAUUAAACUAACUACUUCAUUUAGAUAUAUUGUAUAUAUUAUGAUAGUGUUUGAACAUUUUAACUGGUUGUAUAAUUUUGGCAUCUUUGUUUAAGUAAAAACAGAUGUCUAAUGUGUCAUUAAAUGCUGCACUCUUAAAUCAUUGUGUGAUCACCUUUCUCAUACUGCAUAAAUAAAAGUUCUGUGUGCAGCUGUAAAUAACACCGCAUGUCAAUAAAUGUUUUCAUCUGUGUUACUUUUCUCAUGGGCAAGAUUAGUAAGAUUUCUUAUAAUUUUUUUGCAUUAGUUGAAUGAAUUACUUUGAGUUGAAAGAGAAAAUCAAUUACACUUUAUUAAUGCAUCCAUUUGAUUGCUGAAUAUGUUUCAUAUGAUCCAGUUGAAAUCAAGAUCAAGUGGAAAUCCUGCCCUUAAUCAAAAUGAGUUCAUCCAUUUUUUUACUUUUAUUUUUUGAGUGCAUUAACAGUCCCAGGGAAUGUAUGAACAAAUCAAAUGUAUCAUUUGAAUUAAAUGUUGAAAUUAAAAGUUGCUUUGGAUGCAUUA